CUGUACUAAAAUGUCUUACGAUAUGGACUCAAGACCUUCAGCACAAGAAGCAGUGAAGAGACUUUCUUCUGGAUUCAGCCUCUCUGAGAAUUCCAACCAUGUCAUGUCAGCCAAAGAUGACAAGUCUUUGAAACUCGCCACCUUUUCCCUGCAAGGAUAUCUGAAAGAAAAGGAAUUCGCCACCGAGUUUUUAGAAAGAGGCGGACUAGAGUCCCUCUGUGAUAUCAUCAAAAACUCAACAGGCAACACGCUCGCGUAUGCCUUGAAUUCCUUCUUGUCACUCAUGGAACAUAAUUCAGGCUGGGAGAAUCUAGAUGAUGAGUUUGUGGCAAGGGUAGCUCAUGUGGCAGUGAAUGAACAACUAGCGACCAUUGCUAGACCUGCUAUUGCCAUCUUGCUGAAAUUGAUUUCUGCAAACAAUGAAAAUACAGGUGUCACUUGCUAUGGCUAUAACACGAUCCAAAAAGCCAUCGAAAGUGAAACUACCUUGAUCCCUACUCUGGUCGAUCGUCUAGUCAGCCAAGAGUACUUGUUAUCUAUCACAAGCAUGUCGCUGUUAACUGCCAUGAUGAAAUACGUCACGGAUGAGUACAGAAGUAUCCUGUCCAGUGCCUAUGACAAUUCAAACCUUAAAAAAAAUAUACUGAGACUGAUGAAUAACCAUCCUUCAGAUGAACUUAAAUUGAUGAUUUUAGAGUACCAGGCGGUAUUUAUUCAAAACAUUAGUAUGCGACACGGCACAGCAGUGUCAAUGCAUAAUCCUCGCCAUAUCAAUAUGCUCAAUGAUAUUUGGGAUGCCGCUCAUGUCGAUCAAAUUGAUAUACCCGGAAACAAAAAAUGGAAAAAGCUUGGCUUUACUUCAGAAGUUCCACAACGUGAAUUUGGUAGAACGGGUGUGUUUGGGUUAGAGGAAAUGCACUUAUUUGUGAUCCAAAACAAGGAUUUAUUUGCCAAACUGAUUUCUGAACAACUACAUCGACCCGAAGGUAAAAGAUGUCCUUUUGCAAAAGCAAGUAUUGAAGUGACAGACUUAUUAUGCAGUCUGUGGAAUAUCACAUCCACCAAUACCAUUGCCGAAUUUCAACCUCUUCUAUUAAGUUUCAAUCAUGUUCAUUCAACAACGUUACAGACCUAUUUCCGCAUCUUUCGCGACAUGGAAGCUACCACUUUUGAUUUUUCCAAAGUGUCUGCUCUUGUUCGAAGUCAGUUACGGUCUGCAUUUGCCUCUACCAAAGAUAUUGUCGAAUUCGAUCGAAAUAUGUUUAAUACACCUUAUCAAGUGAUUCGAGACAGACGACUAAAAGAAUUAGAAUGGGCGGAUGAUUUACUAGGAAGAGACGCCAUCAGUAAUCUACGUACAAGAUUAUCGAAACAAUCCUACGAGUUUUUAAAAAAACAGCGCAUCAGUUGUUUACUAGAAGGAGCAUGGUUUCCCUGCCCAUUAGCUUCCAAUCAAAGAAUGUCAGUCAUGACGGGUAACAACAACGCGAACCCGCUUUCCCCCAAUCCCACCAAUAACAGCAACAACAACAACAACAGUGGCAGUGGGAAUAACUCUCCCCUGGGUAUCAUAUCCCCCACCACCCCUACCCACACCUCCAGCAGUAGUAGUAAACGAUGGCGUUAUUAUAAACUAAGUCGAUCCAAAAAAUCGAUCCUGUACGGCGAUUUCUCUGAAAAGAUUGCACCCGUUCUCAAAAGUUAUGAAAAGUUACCCCAUCGCAUCGAUUUGAGUUCGGUCAGCGAAAUUCGAUCGAUUCGAAAAAUGUCCAGUGCAGGCUUGAACAUGUCCAACUCCCAAAUCUUUCAUACAAGUACGGAAUUCAUGGCCCCGCCCCAAAAUCCAAAUUUGGCAUUUGCGUUGUAUACAGAUAAGAACAUGACGAUGGCCGAAUUCUAUUGCUCUAGUGCUACUCAGGCUGCGGAAUGGAAAGACGGGUUUAGUAUGCUUUUGGAUAAACGCUUUACCAGUAAGGAGACGGCCGAAUUGUUCCACACAUUGACAGAGGUCGGGGUCAAGGUCAAGUUGCUGCAAAUCGCUGGUGAUCGUGUCGAGAUUCCGCACGGUAGUAUCGACGUGCCGCCCGUACCUCCUGGCUUGGGCUCUGGAUUCUUUUAUGAUUCCAUUGAUACUUGAAUAAAAACUAAUUUCAUUACCUUC